AUGCAAAUCACGAAGACCAUUCUCGUCGUCUCGGCUGCCUUCGCACCGUUCGUGGUCGCCGGGAGCGCCCCCACUCUGACCGUCACGCUUCAAAGCGUCGGAGCGGACCCUUCUACCACUCUGGCUCCGACAUUCAAGGCGUCGCCGCUGCCCACCGCCAUUGUCAACGUAACUCCGAGCUUGUCAGCGAAGCCAACUUCCACCCCUCUUUGGAAAGCCUCCAGCUCCUCCAUCAGAGCCUCGUCAACGUCCGCCGUUCCUCCUGCCGUCUCGUCAAUCCCUCCCGCUACGGGUGGUGCUGCCCCGGCCAUGAAGCUGUCAGGGGUUGUGGCCGGUGGUGUUCUGGCAGCUGCAGGGCUUCUCAUGCUCUGA